AUGGCUUUGGGCACCUACAUCCAAAGUAUUCAAACCAUAGGAGAUGAACUAAUGGCUAGUGGUCAUCCUAUUGAUGAACAUAAUCUUACUUUCUCAUUGUUAAGAGGAUUAGGACAGAAUUACAAUGUCUUUUUUGCUAGCAUGAGCUCUUAG